AUAUUCAGUUGCGUUGGCUCAGCAGUAGGAUGCAGGCAACAUGCACUUAGGUCAUUCCUAAAUCUCUUUUCAUUGAAGAGAGCUGGGAGAGAGAUCAACACUUCUUCAGUCAGACCAACUGAAAGAGGAAAUCUGCACCUUAAGGCUACAGAGAGGGGUCCUGUAGCAGCAGGAACAUGGCUUUUCCACGCCUCAGGCUGCCGCUUGUGAUUCUAUCUGUGGUUCUGGUCAUCUACACAUUCCCAGGUGGCUCAAAUGGAAAUAAGCUAUGGAAAAUGAUUAACAAAAGAGAAGUGGCUGAAGCCAAACUUGCUGUUACAGUGGAGCCAGACAAAGCUAAAGAGUUUCUUAACGCUCUGAAACGACCAAAGAGGCAACUGUGGGAUCGCACUCAGCCAGAUGUUCAGCAAUGGAUUCAGCAGUUCAUGUACAUGGGGUUUGAUGAACUGAGGUUUGAAACUGACUUAUCCUACUGGAUGGAUCGAGGACGCAACCCCCAUGACUACUAUGGGCACCAGCACCAUUAUGAUGAGAAUGCACCAAUUGGACCUCGCGAUCCCUAUUCUUAUAGGCAUGGAGCAAGCGUUAACUAUGAUGACUAUUAAAAACAUGUAACUUCCACUUCAGGGAAAAGUCAUCCUUUUAUUUGUUUUAUUUCUGCAAUUCUGUGGACUGUUGUGGGCAAUGUAAAAGCAUGGGGGUUUACGUAAUUACAAGAAACUUACUGACAUAUUGCAAGUUAUAUACUUUGUAAGACUAUACAAUUUACAAUAAAGGCAUACCAUAGUGACCUUGCUAUGACUUGUACAUAC